GCAAACUCCCUAUAUCUGCUUUUUAAUAAAGAGUUGUUCAAAGGAUGUGAUGAAUUGUAAUGUCAUAUUGGGAUGUUUUAAGGAAAGGCGUGAAACAUUAUCUCUGGAAAACUUAAACAACAAACCUUAAUUGUCAACCUUUGUCCGCUAAAAUUGGUUAUUGGUUGUGAAUAUAUACCCUUACUACAAUUCUCUUAAAACACUAAAUCGGGACUGCUGGCCCCUGACAAACUGGAAUUUCGGAAUACCAAUGUGAAAAUGAAAUUAAUCUUCCAGCAAAUUUCACUCUGUUGCCGUCAUCCGACUGCUGGAAAUGGAAAGCACGAGUUCAGCAAGACACUAUCAACUGAAACUAGGGGUUUUCUUAAUUCGCGUGCAUUUUGUGUAUGCUUGAUCAAAAUGUGCCUGUUAAAACUCGAAAUUGGCUAGCAGUAACGGUAAUCUGUUAUGCUGAAUUGAUUGGACACAGCUUUCCCGUCACCGGCCGUAGGUUUCCAAGCAAGCGAACCGGCGUCCGCUGCAGACAACGUGUAAGCUUGUCAUUGGAACGCUUACAACUUAAAACCUGUCAUAUGGGAACGUGUGAUGCCCAAUAAAAAUCCAUCAUAAAGCGAUCGCCAGAUGGAUUAACUUCGCCUGGCUUGAGUGGUAUUUGCCAGCACAAAAUUUCUUGUGAAACGUGUGCUUCUUGCUUCAGCGCAACCCAAUUAUGCGGUUCAAGGCUUCCGGCCGGCAAGUGUCAUGAAUUUGCAUUCAUUGAGGUCAACAAUUUGCGUAAUUGUGGCAACACAACUUCCCGGCUGCUUGUCUUGGAGCAGAAAGUGGAGAAGCAUCCCUACACCAUGUUUUUAUAGGCGAUGUCACUCGUCUAAAUGAUUGGUUCAUUUUCAAAGCUUAACCGACGCUACGUGUCGCUCUUGAGCACAUUUUAUGAAGGGGUGCAGACUUCCGGGAAACAAUAUAAAAAAACAUCUUUCGGAGCAGUCCCAGAAUUGUGAGAAUUAAUACUUAAAACAUCCGCUCGUGUUGUUCUUUAACUAAGGAUUGAUUCGCAUUUUAGAACAUUCGGAAUUCCUGUUUUAAGUUAAUUGUAAACAAACAGGGUCUUGCUGGUAACGUCGCUUCCUCCUGACACACAACCCCCAAACCCAUUGUAUUGUCAAUCUUGUUGAGGCUGCAAAAAUGAGCUUCCGUGCUGCAGGCGAUGUUGCUGCUCGUGGCAGUUUUGAUGCUGGCGGUGCUUCCAGUCCUGAAAAGGACCAAGCGUCCGCUAUCGUUACUCCUUCAAUUUUGGAAAACAAUGGAUCCCAGGGCACUCCAUCUUAUUCUGAGAUGGAUGAAGAUGAGGCCCAGUUGAAGAAAUUAGGUUACAAGCCCAUCCUCCAUCGUUCCUUUGCCCUUUUUGAGAGUUUUGCCGCAACCUUUGCGGCCCUUGAUGUCGUCGGCGGUGUUCGAUUGACUAUGGCUACUGGUAUCUCGUUCGCUGGUCCGGCGUCUUACUGGUCAUCUUUCGUUAUUACUGCUGUUUGCUCUAUUAUUACAGCUGCCGUGUUGGCUGAAGUUUGUUCGGCCUUGCCUGCAUCUGGUUCCAUUUACCUUUGGGCCGCCGAAUCUGGUGGAAAAGUUUUUGGCCGGUUUCUGAGUUUCCUUGUCGCAUGGUGGUCGACGACAGCAUGGACGACAUUUGUUGCUUCCAUGUGUCAGUCUACAAUGAAUUUUGUCUUUGCUGAGGUUUCCGUCUUCAAUGGUUCCUACAAAACUGAUGUUAGCGAUGUUAAGUUCCGCGCUGUUCAGUGGAUUACGUCGGAGGUCGUUUUACUCUUUGUCAUCUUGCUCAAUUACGUGCCUCCAAGAUUGUACAAACUGUUAUUCCGUAUUUCCAUGGCCAUUAUCGCCAUUGAUUAUAUUCUCAACAUUGUUUGGGUUCCUAUCGCUACAUCGAAAAAGGACUAUGGUUUCCGUUCUGCCAAGUGGGUGUUUACGCAAACAUACUAUAAUUACGCUGGUACCAUGGAUGAUGCCGGUACCAAACCUGUGCCGAAGGGUUGGCAAUGGUGUCUAACGUAUUUCGCUACUGCUGGUAUCCUCUGUGGUUACGAUGCGUCUGGUCACAUUGCUGAGGAAACGAAAAAUGCCUCCGUUAAGGCUGCUCGUGGUUUGUUUUGGUCAACCGUGGUGUCGGCUGUCUGUGCAUUUUCAUUGAUCAUCAUGUUUUUGUUCUGUAUGCCCCCUGACACUACGUUCUUUGACCUUAUUUACAGUGCCACUAGUACACAGCCAGUGGUUAAUUUAUAUGCGUACAUGCUGGGUCGUGGUGGACAUGUCGUGAUGAAUGUCAUUUGCAUCAUUGAGUUGUUCAUGAACGCCGUCGUUUCCGUUCUGGCUUGCAGUCGUCUUGUCUUUGCUGUUGCUCGUGAUGGUGUCUUACCUUUCUCCUCUUGGAUUGGACAAGUUGAUAAGAAUGGUCAACCUCGGAAUGCCAUUACUGUGAUUUACAUUUGCAGUUGCAUCCUACUUUGCUCUAUUCUUCCCAGCAACGUUGCUUUUACUUCGCUUGUCUCCGCAGCCGGCGCCCCUAGUUUUGCCGCCUAUACUCUCAUUGCAUUUGGUCGUCUUUUCCUUUCUCGCAAUAAUUUCCCCAAGGGUAAAUGGGACCUGGGUAUCUUGAAGAAACCCUUCUACUUUGUUGCCAUGAUUUUCAAUGCCUUUGCUUUUAUUGUGAACGUCUCGCCUUACUCGUACCCUGUUAAGGCCAGCAACUUUAAUUAUGCUAUUGUUAUUAUGGCAAUCGUUUCUAUUUGUGCCGUGCUAUGUACCAUUUUCAUUCCCCGCAGCAAAUGGCUUGCUACUCGUAGUCCCCAAGAUGGAUACGUUGUUCCCCACGGACCCCAAGAAUCGCCGGUUCAGGUUAAUGAAAAAGGCCAAUGGGAAAAAUAGGCACAUGGCACUCUCCCCCUUUCUUUCUCCUUUAAAAACUCCACGUUCCCUCGUGAUCGGCCGAUACGCGACACGCAUGUGUGAUAGUUUGGCCAUUCCCAAUGUGCAUUUGGCUAAUCUGCAUUGACCUGUAUUCCUUGGUAUCUUUUGUGUAUAUCUAUGAGCUUCUCUUCUUUACUCUGCUUUUAAUUUUGGUUACCGUUGGACAAGUUGCUCUUAUUGAGCAAUAAAAUAAU